GUUACUCAAUUGUGCAAGCCCUAGGUUCUCAUCGAUCUCUUCUCCGUGUCUCACACAAACAGUUCAGGGAGGAGGGCUGCAUCUCAAGUCUCAAUGUCAUCGAGCUCGAUCUGAAGCCAUUGCCUGGUGCCCCCGCCGUCGCUGUUCCUCCCGACAGCCACCGCGUCAUGGUCGCUCACUUCGCCUUCAUCGCGUAGCAGUCGUCGCAGCAUUCGAAGCAUUCGUUGCGCAACCCACGAAGCCUCCAUUGCGUAGCAGGCUCGCAACCUUCGAAGCCACCUUCUGUGGAAGUCAGUCACCAUCGGAAGUUCGUGGAGGCAGCUUGGAGAUUUGAGCAGCCCCUUCCAUCGCGAACUCAUUCGUGGAAAUUGCAGCCACCGCCACCAGUGCUUGCUGUCGCGCUUUGUGUUCCCGUCGGCGCCAGCCCUGAUCGAGCCUUCCACUGCAGCCGCUGGCUCUAUCGCUGCCAGGUCUGCAUUCUUCCCUGUCUUCCACUAAUCAGGAAACAAAGAGGGAUAAAAGGAAGCUAGAAGCAACGACACGUGCUGGGAGCUGGUGGUUUUCUGUAUAGCCAAAGAUAUGGGGGCAGUCCAAGGUUGAUGGUUCCGGCGAGAAUGUGAGAAGCUGCAAGGGAGGUCGCACCCUAGGAAGCAUAUUAGGCAGUAAUCGUUGAUUUGUGCCAAUGGUGUUGUUGUGCGGAUGGAGCCUAAAGUAGAUGAUGGAGUUAACCAAGGUGGUGGAAUUCAAGAGGAUCGUAGCGGCGGAACACAGUACGAAACAAACGAGACACCGAUUGGAGACGGUAGAAGUGAUAGUUGUGAUGAAUGGGUAGAGGGAGAAGCCACUGAAUAUCGAGACGUGCUAAUGCUGACUGAAGCCGAUAUGAUUAGGAAGGUGUUCUACACGGACGAAGCCGCGUAUGAGUUUUACAAGAGAUACGGCAAAUGCCACGGGUUCGGUAUUCGCAAGGGUGAUUCGGGAAAGGAUGAUAAUGGCAAGGUGAUUAGGAGGAGGUUUUUUUGCAACAAAGCAGGGCUGAGGCAGCGCAAACAUUACGAGAGGCUUGACAGGAAGAAGGACCAUAGAUCGGAGAUGCGCACAAACUGUGACGCAAAGCUUUCAAUCUUAUGGGAUGAUGUCAGCGAAAUUUGGAGGGUUAGAAAAGUUAUACUAGAUCACAACCAUGAUUUAACUCCUAUGAGGAUGGUUCAUAUGAUCAACAGCUUUAGAGACAUGGAUUGUUCAGCUAAGGCACAGAUUAAUGGCAUGCAGGGACAUGGUAUUUCCACGUCGAAGAUCCUAGGUUAUAUGGCAGGGCAAGCCGGGGGGUAUUCUCUGCUGGGUUUCACAAAAAAGGAUGCCUAUAACUACAUCGAGAAGACCAAGCGGGAGAAGAUUGUUGAUGGAGACGCUAGCGCCGCAAUAAUUUAUUUAGAGGGAAAAGCAGUGUCGGAUCCGAUGUGCAUGGCUAGGUACAAUUUGACGGACAACAAUAUGUUAGCGAACUUGUUUUGGGCUGAUGGUGGGAGCCGGGUUGAUUACCAACACUUUGGUGAUGUGCUUUCCUUUGAUUCGACUUACAAGAAAAACAAAUACAGGAGACCUUUGGUUAUCUUUUCUGGCUCGAACAAUCAUAAGAAAACAAGCAUAUUUGGGUUUGGUUUAGUGUUGGAUGAAAGCAUUGGGUCAUACACGUGGUUGCUUGAAAAUUUCUUGGAGGUAAUGUGCAACAAAAAGCCAUCGGUGAUUGUGACAGACGGUUGUGACUCAAUGAGGGCAGCAAUCAGGGAAGUGUUUCCGGAGGCCACACAUAGGCUGUGUGCUUGGCAUGUGGAGAAGAACGUGACUUCGAAUGUGAAGGAUGAAGGCUUAAGACAACUUUUCACUAGGUGGCUGUACUCAAAUAUGAAGAUAGAAGAGUUUGAGGCAGAGUGGGACGCAGCUGUGGUUGAAUACCGACUUCACGAUAGUUACUGGGAUAAGGAAACCUAUGAUAAGUGGAAAAUGUGGGCAAAUGCGUACCUGAAAGACAAAUUCUACGCCGGGUUCCGCACUACUUCUCAAUGUGAAGGGAUUAAUGCGAAUAUCAAAAAGUUUCUUAAUUCAAGGCACAGUCUUCUUGAGUUGGUGCAGAAUGUUGAGUUGAUGGUACGAGAGUAUCGGAAUAACGAGUUAGAAGCCCACUUCAAGUCCAUUAAUGGCAAGCCAGUGAUCACGACUUGCUUGGACCCGCUCGAGCGGUUUGCUGCCGAUGUUUACACACGAGAGUUAUUCUUGGACGUGAGGAGGGAAAUUGUAGGUGUCGGUGCGGUUAACUUCGUCGCAAAGGUUCGCCGAUCCACGACUAUGGUGUACACAGUUGAAGACUAUGGCAUUCCGGGUAGGCCAUUAACGUUACUCUAUGAUAGGGUUGUGAAUAGGCUACAAUGUCCUUGCCAAUUUUGGUUGCGAAGCGGUUACCCGUGUCGACACAUGUUUUUCGUUUUGAAGCAUGAGCAUACGAGGGAAAUUCCAUCAAGGUUGGUGCUGACUAGGUGGCGUAAGGACGCUAAAUCAUUGGAGAACUAUGGUGAAGGAAGAGCUAAUGAGUGCAGUGAACGGGGGUUUCUAUUACGUCAGGGUGCACUGCACUCAACAUCGCAGUGGUUUUCAUUCGUAGCUGCACGUAGCCCGGGUUUGUUUAACACAGCGAUGAGUGGCAUACGAGCUUUAUGCAAACAAAUCGAGGCUGCAUGCGAUCAGAAGGGUCCGUCGGCAAAGGGAAGAGAUACUCCCACUGUGAAGGAUCCCGUGGUGGUAAAGACCAAAGGGGCUCUCCGGAUUAAGAAAAUGAGUGGUAGGAAGAGGCGUUGUAGCAUGUGUCGGAAAGCAGGACACGCGAAGCGACACUGCACCGGCAAGCGGGGAUUGAAUGUGGAGGCAGACCCACAGGAGGAUGGGAAGACAGCAGACUUGGGAUCGGAAGGUUCCUCACCAACAGAAAAUGCAAAGGGUCGAUGUGACACAUUGAAAGUGCUCUCACCUAAAGCGGGAGAAGCCUUUGCCGAGUCGGAUGUGGAAGAAUCUGGGUUCCGGCCAAAAGAGGGGGGUCAGAGUGGGCAUAUCCGUACCGAAGGUUGGGAUUCUGUCCUCCCAUUGUGCUAUAACGACGACAACUGUGUGAAGAUUGAAGAGCUGAUGCAUGACAUAAUCAGGGUUACCGAGAGGCUAUCAAGUAAUCGGAGACAAGUUUGAGACUAACCAAGCAAUGAAUGGAUGGUUAGGUAUCGGGCAACAUGUAAUGUUAUGUUACAUUUUGUUCAAUUUGCUUGUAUUAGACAACGAAGCUACGCCAGUUGGAUUUAAUCGUCCGUGGUUAUAUUUGGUAUACAGUGGAUGAAUGAUGAUAACUUGUAUCCUCCAUGUGGAGUGACUAUCUUGUUGGUACCUAAAAAGGCCUCGAACCCAUCGGGAACAAGCCUUUAUUUUCCCCUUCAAAAUAUUGCAGUGAAUGACCUAUUUCAGUUAUGUGACACGGUACUUGAUGCUGAAAAUGUUCUCCGUCUCUUGAAUUAUUUGUAUCUUAUUUAGUUGCAUUGGCCAAGUCUUCAUGUGGUGCCAAAUUUGUGUCUGUUCUCCUAUAUUCAGUGUCUACAAUUUAAGUUUAAUUUCCUUGUUCUAUUCAUUCUAAUCCCAUGAAAGUUGU